AUGAUGUCCUCAGAGCGGCUCCAGCUGGAGGUUGUGGGGCUCCUCAGUGAACCUCCUUUCCACAUCGCCAAAUGUGCAGCAGAGGUGCUGAAACAUUCAUUUGAUAGUGAGUUUGAAGAUCCAGUCAUAAAGCCUCUGCUGGAGUUCGCCUGGCAUGAAUAUCUACAGGAGAAAAAAAAGGAGAUCAGAGGAGAAGUAUGGGAGUUUUCCUCCCAGGUCAUGUGCUUUGCCAAUGGAGAGUUAAUUGGUGAUGAAAAAGGUUUAAAGGCUUGGGCUAAAGAUAUGUGGGAUUACAGGGACUACAGACCACUACCUUUAUACAAGGCAUUGGCAGAAGACUUUUAUGUGAAGAAGUACAUAAGAGGAUCUAAACAAACCUUUGUAUACCUUGAUGUUGCAAUUCAGGAAAAGCCCAUAGGAAGAUUGCUAUUUGAGUUGUUCUCAGAUAUGUGUCCUAAAACAUGUAAAAACUUCCAACAUUUGUGCUCGGGAGAAUCAGGGGACUCCCCAAGUGGUAUCAAGCUACAUUAUAAGGGUGCUCCAUUCCACCGCACUGUGAAAAAUGGCUGGAUACAAGGUGGAGAUAUAGUGGCAGGAAAAGGAAAUGGAGGUGAAUCUAUUUUUGGUGGAACAUUUGAUGAUGAAAAUUAUGCUGUAUCUCACAACAAACGUGGAAUUCUUGGCAUGGCCAAUAAAGGACACCAUACAAAUAGUUCCCAGUUCUACAUCACUCUUCAGGCUACCCCUUAUCUGGAUAAAAAGCAAGUGGCAUUUGGACAAUUGGUCGAAGGCAGUAAUGUACUUUGGAAAAUGGAAGACAUCCCAACAUACAAUGAGAGACCAAAACUUAACUGUACUAUUUUGGACUGUGGCAUCUUUAUUCCUUGA